AAUUACCAUGGCAGAGCCGCAUGGACUCACUAACCGUGGCCCACGGAUACCUAAGCUGGAAAGUGGGGAAAAAAACAACGGUGUAGGUGCUACAGCUCAGCGGUCGAAUGUCGUGCGUGGUGCUGUGGCCCUCUCCUUGUCGUUACUACUUAUUCAGGCCUGCGCGUCAGGAGAUGUGGCCGCCGUCGCUAACUUGGUCUCGGAGCAAAACGCUAACCCGUUCUCCAAAGACGAAUCGGGACGUACGCCGCUCGGAGUUGCCUGCGAGGCCGGCCACGUACAGGUGGCUAAAUAUCUGAUAGAGACGGAAGGAGUCAGCCCAGUUUUCAGGGGAGCGGGACGGUGCCACUCCGCUUCAUUCAGCCGCCAGAGGAGGCCACCUCACUGUGGCCAGAUAUCUGGUCGACGAGCAGGGAGUAAAUCCUUCGUGCACGGACAAAAACGGGCUCAGACCAAUCGAUUAUGCAAAGAAUAGUAAUGUGAGGGAGUUUCUUUUACACUACAACUCCAGAGGGGCACAGGCUGACUGGUUGGGGCCUGGGACUAAUACCAGUCACCAUCACACUGCUAGAUCUUCAACUGAGACAGAGCACUCGGUUGUGGAGAUGCAAAACACUGUGCUACCCACACACUCUACCAAAGAACCGGAGAGGGAGGUAAUGAGUCAAGAUGGUGAUACCAGCAGUGCAAGCCCUGACCCACCCAAAGUCUCAGGUUCCUGUGGUGGUAGUGACGCCCAUUCGUGAGCCAAGGCUCGUGGCAGUCUCGGAAUUUAGUGCAUUCCUGUAUUGUGUUGUGUAAACAGUAUUAUCA